GCACUUCCGAACCAACAUGGCGGCUCAGCGGGUCGUGGUUUAAACAAACUUCUUAUGACAUUUGAAAACAGCUUUUUUCACUUCCCCACAUCAGUCUUGGAAAACACACUAGAGAAGAAUCCUUAUAAUGUAUCUCCUUUUUUUAUUAUAAUAAAGCACAUCACAGUUGUACUACACUCCUGUCCACUCACGCUUUGAAUAAUUCCAUCGGCCCCAUUCACUUCCUGACCUUUCUGACUUCCUCAUCAUCUCUAAAAUGCACGGUCACGCACCUCGAGCCCAUUUGUAAUGAUCCUCAAUAGCGAGAAGCAAACCAGGCCACAGAACUGCCUGGCCUUUUUGACCUGACCUGCUCGGUGGUCAGCUUAAUUUCCGGAGGUGAUAGUAACUAAAACGGGCUCAUUAAUGAUCUCUAAGUGGCUUUUGGGUUUCUGUGUCACUCUCACAAGAAGCUCUUAAAGUAUAUAAGACAAUCCAGAGGCACCUGAGAGCAGAAGAAGCACCAAGGAGCAUCUGGAGCCAACACUUAUCUACUGCUCAUAAAGAAAUUAAACAAUCUCAGCAGAUAUGACUGGAGCCGCUGUGUCCGUGUGCCUACUUUUUGUCCUGUCCGUAUGUUCGGCGUGUUACAUCUCUAACUGUCCUAUCGGUGGGAAGAGGUCCAUCAUGGAUGCACCGCUGCGAAAGUGCAUGUCUUGUGGCCCCGGAGACAGGGGCCGCUGCUUCGGCCCCAGCAUCUGCUGCGGGGAGGGUCUCGGCUGCCUGCUGGGCUCCCCGGAAACAGCUCACUGUGUGGAGGAGAACUACCUGCUCACCCCCUGUCAGGCAGGAGGGAGACCCUGUGGAUCUGAGGGCGGACGCUGUGCUGCUUCAGGGAUCUGCUGUGAUGCUGAGAGCUGCACCACUGACCAAUCCUGCCUCAUCGAGGAGGAAGGAGAUGACCAAGCCAGCCAAUACGAAGGUAGCGACCCCAGUGACAUCAUCCUCAGGCUCCUGCAUCUGGCUAGCCACACUUCUCCUCAUCGAGUGCACCAAUGAGCUGCUCCCGACACCGAGGUCUCAUGGGAAACUGCUGAGCUGUAGAGACGACAUGGGACUUGUAGUUGUAGGUCAUUAAGUUGUAUGUCCACGUUUGUCAUUUUGCUCUUUCCCUACAGUACUUCUGUAGAGUGCCUUCAUCAAUAUAUUUUUAUGUAUGAAAAUAGGGAUGAAUACUGACAGUGGUCAUCCAGAUAUCUGCAUGUUGAAAUAAAGUUUUGAGAGAGUAUAAAA